CUUAAAAAAAUUAAAAACUUCUGUUAACUGUUGGUUGUUGCAAAAUUGUAAUGAAUGAAACGUUUGUUGAUGUCUUUCGAGCUUCGUUCGAUAAAUACUUUGUCGAGUACGAUGUGCAGACGUCCAGACUCCAUGUUUGCUCUUGUUAUUGACUAUGUGAUUCCUGUAGAGCUGUUUUUUUCGAAGUUUUAACUUUCUCAAUAACAUACAAUCGUCUUAUCAUCGUAGCCCGGAGUUCCCGCCUAUCGGUAUAUUGUUCACAUUUUCCGAAAUACGGGUGAAUUUGUGAAAAACCGAAUGGUAAUUAGUAUUAUGGCUUGUGAUCUUUUGAUCCUUUAAUUUCACUUAAAAUAAUGUUUUCGUUGGUGCCCUAAGUUUUCAAAUGUCUGUUGUGUUUAUUGCCAACAAUAAUAAUAUGGCAUUAUUAAUAACUAAAUAAUGUAUUUCACUGUGUUGAUUCUCAGUUAUGUUGCGGAGACAUAGAAUACUCCUAAGUUUGUUUCAUUAGUUUAUUGGAAGUCAAAGUUGAUUGGGUUCCGAGCCAUCAUGAUGGAGACUGUUUAUCCAAAGGACAAUGAAAUCAAAUUUCGCAAAAAGAACUAUGGAGAUGUUGAAGAUAUUUUGAACAAUGAAGUUAAAUGUACAAUUUGUAAUGAUGAUCUUUUACAUGAAAUUAUUUCAAAGAAAAUGAUAAUGGUUCAUCAAAGUCAUCUAUUUCUAUGUUGCUACAACUGUUUCUACAAACUGUGUGAAGGAAAUCAGUAUAGCUGUAUCUUGUGCAAAUCCAAUACAGAUCUCUCUAAUUGUAUAAAAUGCAAUCUUAAUGUUUGUAAUCGUUGUGUUCAAAAUCAAAAAAUUGACAAAGCAUCUAUUGGUGUUUUAAAUCAAUGCUUCAAUUGUGCACCAAAAAUGUUAUGGAAAAAAAGAGCUGAAGCUGCUAAUGUAUUAAAAGUAUUUUCUUCUCAACUAUGUCUGCCUAAUGGCUUAUUAGUAAAUGAAACAGAUCAUGAACAAACUGUUCGAAAAUACUUGCUAAAAGAAGCUAAAAUUGGGAACAAUUCUAAAAUGGAUAAUAUUAAAAACAACUUGUGUCUUAAUUUUAUUUUAAAACUAUAUAAGUCAUCUAUAGUAAAUGAAAUAUCAAAAUUUUCUUCUGAUGAUAAUAAUCCAAUUGAUGAACAUUUAAGUGGAGUCAUCAACAUUUGUGAGCAUGUUAUAGAGAAAACGUGUUCUACUUUAACUGAUCUCAAGAGAAUAUUUAAUAUUAAUUCACAUUUGAGUCCUGGUGUUUCUGCUAUUAUGAAAUCUUUAUUGAAGCCUGUUGAUGGAGAUGAAAAUAUGUUUGUGGAUUGUUCAAUAUUGAAAGGAAAUUUAAGUAAAAAAACAAAAACCGAUACAGUCAAUCUAUCAUCAAAAGAAUCGAACAAAUGUAUUACAAGAAGAUUAAGAUCAGACAAAAAACAAGAUGCUGAUAAUUUGAACUCAACAAUAUCUUUAUCUUCUUCAAGCUUACAACCAACAUCGUUAUCUCCGAGUGUUCCUCCAACACCUAACACCGUGAAUAAAAAUGUAUCUGUUGUUUUAGAACGGUUGGAUGAAUCUCUCAUAUCAAGAAUAAUUAAUAAUAAAUCGUCUAAUAAAGUUCAUCUUGAUUUGGAAAAAGAUGAAAUGGCUCAUCCUUUGAAUUUAUUUGAUAAUAGUGAUAGUGAUGAUAGAAGCGAGAAUACAAGAAAAUUGAGAAAUCGUACACUUAAAAAAGCUAAUAAGACAAAAAACUCAACUAAAACUCAAAAAGUACUUGAAGAAAAAUCUGAGGAUGAAAAAGAAAAUGAUAGGCUGACUAAUUUAAAUGGCAUUGAAAGAUGCUCAAAAAAUAAAGUUGUAACUGAUGAUGAAGAUAAUUCUGAUGAUAUUGACACCACAUUAGCGACACUACCUAACCAUGCAAGUCUCAAAGUAUCUCCUAAAAGAUCCAAAAAUGAAGUAAAUAAAUUGGAAAACAUUCAUCAAUUUCUUUCAACAAUUGACGGGAGCGACUCUGGUACCGAUAAUGAUACUCUAAAUGAAGAAAAUUCUCUGGAAUCAGUUAAAGGUAUUUUUACCGAAAUCAAAAAUUCUAUAGGAAUACCUCAGACUAACAUUGAAAACAACAGUGGUGAUGAAAGCGAUGACAGCUCUAUUGAUGAUGUCAUAAAUUCAUGCUUAACUGCUUGUAAAAAACGUAGUAUUGAUCAUUAUAAUAAAAAGAUUCGAUCAAACAUUAAUGAUGUGGACACUAUAAUUGAAUCUGAUGGAUUUGAAAAUGAAGUAAGUUCUGACUUGUCAGAUUUAUCAGAUGUACAUAAUAAUACAACUAUUGUUACUCGUUCAAGACAACUAUCUCCAUUUAAAGUAUCAUCAACGAGUGAUAGUGAUAGUGAUGUUUAUUUGAAUUUAAAUACAAAAACCAAAGGAAAAAAACGGAAGCUGUUAGCAUCUAACUCAUCUAAAGAUUCUGAUUCUUCAUCAAAGUUUUUUAAAAAAACACCAAAAAAGAAACCAAAAAAUGAUGUGAAUAAAUCUAGUUCUCUUGACUUAACUAGUAACAAGAGCAGUAUCAGCAGUAGUUCAGAUGAAGAGUCAUCUCCUGUACAUGUCAAAAAACGUAGAAGAAUUAGAAGAAUGUCUGAUGAGGAAUCUGAAAAAGAAAGUGAUUCUGAUAACAGUGAUUCAUUGCGUAGUCAUCAUUUAAAAAAAAAAGGGCGAAAAAAUAUUCGUAAAAUGAAAAAAAAAGAAGAAUUGAGUGAAGUAACCCAAAGUGCUUUAAAAGAAGAAGAAUUACGUAAGAAGCGUAUUGAAAAACGUCAAAAAGAAUACAACAAAUUUAGCGAUCCCACACCAACACCAAUGGAAUCAUGUAAAAAAUUGGUGUUAGAUUUUGAUGAAAAUACGUUGGAAGAACUUGUUACAGUUCAUCCAGAUAUUAUUAAGUUUCUUAAACCUCAUCAGGUGGAAGGAAUAACAUUUUUGUGGAAUUCUGUAUUUGAAUCAUUGGCAAGAUUAAAAGAACAUAAAGGAAAUGGAUCAAUCUUAGCUCAUUGUAUGGGUCUAGGAAAAACUCUACAAAUUAUAGCUUUGGUUCAUACAUUAUUCAGAUACCCAGAGACUGGUAUUAAAACAGUAUUAGUUAUUACUCCUAAUGCAACAAUUGAAAAUUGGUGUAAGGAGUUUCAUAAAUGGUUACAAGAUAUUGACGAUGAACGAAAUUUUUUAGUACUUAACUUUACUGAUUCAAAAACAUAUGAAGGUCGAAAAAACAUUGUCGAAGAAUGGAAAAGAGAACACGGUGUUUUGGUUACAAGCUAUCAGUUGUUUAGAUCAGUUGUCAAUUAUAAGAAUAUUGACAAGUUCCCUACUAUCACUGAAGGUCUUGUUGAUCCAGGACCAGAUUUAGUCAUAUGCGAUGAAGGACAUACAUUGAAAAAUCAUAGCAGUGCUACAUCAAAAUCAGUGAAUCGUAUUAAAACACUUCGAAGAAUUGUAUUGACUGGAACACCAUUACAAAAUAAUUUAAAAGAAUAUCAUUGUAUGGUUGAUUUUAUCCGACCAAAUUUAUUAGGAUCAUUAAAAGAUUUUACUAAUCGUUUUAUAAAUCCAAUCACUAAUGGGCAGUAUGCCGAUUCAACUGCAAUGGAUGUAAAAAUAAUGAAGAGAAGAUCUCAUGUUUUACAUAGAAUGCUUGAAGGAUUUGUACAGAGAUUUGACUAUAAUGUUCUUACCCCUUUCUUACCUACUAAGUAUGAAUAUGUAAUUUAUUUGAGGAUGUCUGAUAAACAAAUAGAAUUAUAUCAGAAAUAUUUGGAUGAAUAUAGACAACCAGAAUUAUUCAGUAAUUAUCAUGUGCUUCAAAUGGUUUGGACCCAUCCUAAACUACUAGCAUUGUACUUAAAACGAAUAGAAUUAAAACAAGAAAAACAAAAAUUAAAGGCCGCAGAAUCACGUUUUGUAGCUGGUGACUCUACUGAUGUUGAUGAUAAUUCAAAUUCUGUUGAGGAAGUUGAAAUUCCAGGUUUUGACUUUCCAAACACUAAAAACCCAGAUACGCAUUACUUUGACUGGUGGAAACCAUUAAUAUCAAGAGCUGAAAUGGAUUCUGUGUACCCAUAUUCAAAGUUCAUAAUGAUGUUUUCAAUACUACAAGAAUGUGAAAACAUUGGUGAUAAAGUGUUAUUGUUCAGUCAGUCUUUAUUUACUCUUGAUCUCAUUCAAGAUUUUUUGGAAAAUGCUGAAGAUUUCAGUGAAGAUAAAGGAGGUCCUUAUGGUAAAUCUUGGGAUCACGGUGUAGAUUUUUAUAGAAUUGAUGGUUCAGUUAAUUCAAAAACAAGAGAAGAUUUCUGUGAACGAUUUAAUAAUGUCGAAAACACCAGAAUGCGUCUUUUAUUAUUGUCGACAAAAGCUUUUAAUUUAGGUGUUAAUCUAAUUGGUGCUAAUCGAGUUAUUAUUUUUGACGUAACUUGGAAUCCCUCUCUUAAUGUUCAAAGUAUAUUUCGUGUGUUUCGAUUUGGACAGAAAAAACCAUGUUACAUUUAUAGAUUAAUUUCUGAGGGUACCAUGGAGCAAAAAAUAUAUGAACGUCAAAUAUCAAAAUUAUCUACAGCUUUCCGCGUAAUCGAUGAACAACAAAUUGAUCGUCAUUUUAAUUUGAAAUGUCAGGAAGAACUUUAUGAAUUUGAGCCAAAAACUACUGAAUCCAAACCAACUUUAAAUUUACCUAAGGAUCGUUUGAUGGCUGAGUUAAUAUUGAAACACAAAGACAUUGUAAUGGACAUACUAGAACAUGACUCAUUAUUACAAAAUAAUGAGGCAGAAGAAUUAGAUGAAAAUGACAGAAAUGCAGCAUGGGAAGAUUAUGAAAAGGAAAGAGACGGAAUUAGAACAAACAAUCCAAAUCCUUCCUCAUUUCAGAACUUUAAUUUAGGUUCCUUGCCAGCUUACAAUGCAAAUGAUGAUUUAGCAUUGUUCAAUGCAUUAAGAGAUAUCUUUCCACAAGCUUCAAUGCUACAACUCAAUGAAAUGUUAAUAAAAGUAAAGGACGCCCAAAAUGUAGAACAAUGAAAUAUAAUUAUAAUUAUUUUUUUUAUUAUGUCACAUAAUGUCUAAUUGUCUUUUUUUCUACGAAGAAUAAGUAUGAACUUAUUCAUAAAACUAUGUAUUCAUUAAAUUGUGUGUACACAUUACUUGUGAUUUCUUUAAUAAAUAUGAUAUUUACGUAUAAC